GCGCAGGCGGGAGCGCGCGCGGCGGCAGCUGGGAGCCCGCCGUGGGCACCGCCGCGCUGCGCCGGCCAUGGAUCCCUUCCCCAAAGACGGCGAGAGCGCGGCGGCCGGGGAGCCCAGCCGGGGCGCUGCCCCCUCCAGCGGGGUGGUGGUGCAGGUCCGGGAAAAGAAGGGCCCCCUGCGCGCUGCCAUCCCCUACAUGCCGUUCCCCGUGGCUGUCAUCUGCCUCUUCCUCAACACCUUCGUGCCGGGGCUGGGAACAUUUGUAUCUGCUUUCACUGUGCUGUGCGGAGCCCGGACCGACCUCCCCGACAGGCACAUGUGUUGUGUCUUCUGGCUGAAUAUUGCUGCUGCUCUGAUUCAGAUCCUGACGGCGAUCGUGAUGGUUGGCUGGAUUAUGAGUAUAUUUUGGGGGAUGGACAUGGUCAUUCUCGCAAUUUCACAAGGCUACAAGGAACAGGGGAUCCCACAGCAGCUGUAGUGGCUGGGACAAGUAUGGUCAGAGAAACACGGCGAGAGAUUUCCUUGGGCAGCUGUGGGCCACGGACCUUUUCAUUACCCUUUGUCUUUCUUCUUCCUUUUGUUUUGUUUCCUUCUGUUUGAACCCGGUUCAUCUGCCUGUCCAGCGGAGCGGAGGUGCAGAGCAGCCGACGGAGACUUGCACUGAUCCCAUUGAGCAGCGGAGAUGGGGCACACACGGCGUGGGUUAGGACUGGCCCUGGCCAGCACGUGGUGGGCGGCUGAUGAGGAGGAGGAGGGUGCCGGGAGGAGGACACACCCCUGGCGAAGGUGGCACCUGGGCAGGCAGCUGAGCCGGGGGAGAGGGAGAUGCUGCUUUCUCUCUCUUCCCAGGGGGAAGUAGUUGAAGACAUUUUGCCUCCUUUUUACGCUCACCGUUAAAGGAAACUGGCUGUGAACAUCAAACGCCGAGGAGCUAUUAAUAAAUAUAUGUACAGUAUGUAAAAGCAAACCAGUGGUACUUUUUCCCCACCCUGAGAGUCCAUCCUUGACUGCUUCGCGGUAGCGGAGGGCUCAGCCCAGCCUGUUCUGCCAUCUGUGUAUAUAUGAUGCUCAAUGAAGCUCUGUCCUUGCAGAUGUCUUGAGAAACAUGCUUGCUGUAAAUCGUAUUGUACUGCUGAACUGACUGGGGCCGUCCCCUGCUUCCAACCUCUGGCACCAUGCGAAGACCAGACCUCCCGCCGGCUCCUGGGGAGACUUUAUCUAGCAAGGGACCGGUGCCCCACAGCGCCUGGCUUCUAGGGCGGUGGGUGCAGCCACGUGCUGCCAAAAGCUUCUAGCAUAAAACAGUACUGGAGGAGCCCCCAAAAUCCAGACUUUUCCUGCCCUCCCCCUGAAAAGGACUUGCUGGCAGCGUCUCCAUGCUUUGAAAAUGGAUCCUCUUGCAGCGCAGCGUGUGCUCCUGGCUGAAGCAGUGUCCCCGCUCCACUUCUCCAGGGGCCACGUUAAUCACCCGGCGCUUUCACGCCUCUUCUCGGAGCGCCGCAGAGGGAGGCCACGCGCUCCGGGAUGCCCACCAGCGCCGGGGCCGGGCAACUCGCCUCGCGGGAGCCGCUGCAAACCCAGCCCUGCCUCCUCGCCCGCGCAGCUGGAGGCCACCGCCAGCCAACGCGUGACCUGGUCAAAGGUGCACGGCACCAGGCUCUCCCGAUAUCAUCUUCUGCUUUUUUAAAUAUAGAUGUUUUAGAUGCAAGUUUUGCAGCUAAAGAGCAAUAGCAGGUAACGAAGAAUAAAUGCGAUUGCUUCACCCCCGUCCGCCGGCGACACAGUAUUUUCUGCUGCUCUUUCCUGAUCGUGAAAACCAGGUUACUCAAAAAAAGGGCUUUAAUUAAAUAGUUCCUUGGUACUUGAACCCAGCUGAGCUGAACAGCUGGUUUACUACUCAAUGGAAAGCAAUUCCAGGUAGGAACCAAAACAAAUGUCUUUUUGAAAUUUGUGGCCAGUCGUAAACCAGUUUCAUUCUGGGUCAGCCCACCCACCUCAAUGCCAAGCACGUUAAUGUUUUUUUGGUUUCUUUUUUUUUUUUCCUAAGCUCAUCAGUGUUCCCAAAACCAUAAUUACCGUGGAAAAGGUGCUAUGGCAGAUGGCCCCCACCCUCCCGGCCCUUUGCCUGCCUGAUCACGCUCGCUGCUCUGGGCUGUGAACGCGGAGGUCGGCGGGGCUUUGUGCCGGGAGCGGCUCCGGCACGCAGCCGUGCGGCGGGCAGGGUCAGCUGCGCGAGCUGCCUCCACCUGUGCUGCCCGUUCCUCCCGACGUGCACCCACUGUCACACAUUUUAUUAAAGAUCUUUCAGUUCUGCUGGAAA